AUGGCAUCUCAUCAACUUCAAAAAGGUACUCAAGAAAUAGAGAAGCAUAUGAGUCUUGCCCAAGGUGACAUGCACUCUUUCCUGGCGUCUGGUCGUGGCAACAGGCGCCUGGAGGAGGAGGUGAUCACAGCACCUUUAUUCUCUCUUCAUGCUUGCAAAGUCCUUGAUAGCGAGCAGCAACGAAACAACCAACCCACGGAGAAGCGCCAGGUUUACCCACAGUAUGGGCUCCUAGGGUUGCGAACCCGACCCGCCGGCGACACCCCAGACCAAGAGGAUCUUAUCUACACCAACGUGUCAGCUCCAUGGUCCGCCUUCAUCUGCGGUAGUCAGGGCAGCGGCAAAAGCCACACGCUCUCCUGUCUCCUGGAAAAUGCAUUGAUCAAGCCUUCACCCGCUGGAAAGCUUUCGUCGCCUCUCGCCGGACUGGUCGUUCAUUACGACAAAUUCACCGCGUUUGCCAGCACCCAGCUGUGUGAAGCGGCUCACUUGUGCUCCUCGAACAUUCCCGUCCGGGUGCUUGUCUCCCCGACGAAUUACCUCGCCAUGAAAAAAGCGUACACAAAGCUGGCAGGUGGUUCCAGUAUGCUCAAGGUUCAGCCCUUGUACCUUCCUCAGAAGGACCUGAAUAUCAGCAUGAUGAAGACCCUCAUGGCUGUCAAUAACAAAGCUGGCCAGCCGCUGUACAUUGAGGUCAUAAUGAAGAUCCUCCGGGACAUGGCGAUUCAGAAUCAAGGCCAGGCAGGCUUUAACUAUGCCGCAUUCAAGAACAUGUUGGACAAGGAGCAAUUUGUCAGAGGCCAGCUCAUGCCUCUCACCUUGCGACUGGAGGUUCUAGAGUCAUUCUUCGAGCCUGGCUCUGUGCCUGGCGCGACUUCUAAAAAGUCCAAGGAACAUGAUACUGACAGUACCUGGAAGUUCUCUCCAGGUACACUGACCAUCAUUGACCUGAGCUGUCCGUUCGUCGGUCCGGAUGAUGCAUGUGCCCUCUUUAAUAUCUCGCUUUCCUUGUUCCUCAAGGAUCGACAGGACACUGGUCGAAUGAUCGCACUUGAUGAAGCGCAUAAAUACAUGACUUCAACUGCGCCGGAAGCCGUCGAGUUCACAGAGACCUUGCUGUCUGUUGUCCGCCAACAGCGCCAUUUGGGCGCGCGUGUCAUGAUCGCAACUCAAGAACCGACCCUUGCGCCAUCACUUUUGGAGCUUUGCAAUGUGACCAUCAUCCAUCGCUUCUCAUCGCCGGCUUGGUUCAGAGCCAUCCGAUCCCACAUUGCCGGGGCCGGGGUUGAGGAGGCUGCCACGAAGGACAGCUCCACAUCUGACAUUUUCCACCGGAUCGUCCACCUGGCGACUGGUGAGGCCUUGGUCUUCUGCCCGACCGCCCUGCUGGAUGUCCAAGAGGGCGAUGAAGACGCUGCUUCCAAUCUCUCAGCAGGCACAACAUCCUCUAGCGGCCCAGAUUCCGCCGAGUUUUGUGACCCAUUGGUUGAUAAAGAGGCAUUGGGCAAUUAUUCCGGGGAAGAGGGUCUUACUAGGACUACAGGACCUCGUCCUGUUCAACUUGGGACUUCCUAUGCCCACAUUAGAGUUCGCAGAAGGAUUACAGUUGACGGUGGUCGCAGCGUGCUGGAGGUCUAG